AUGGAGAGUACAGACUGCACCUCCCCGCCGAAACCCGAGGACCAAACAGACGUAUCACCGAGUCCGGAGGAGGGAGGCGGGACUUCAGACCUGCCCGUCACCGACACUGAAAAGGCGACGGUGGCGGCCGCAGACGAGCAAGUCGACCCAGAGGUCUCCAUCAUCCUCAACAUUGAAGACAGCGAAGCAGCCGAGCGAGAAACCGGCCAACCGCUCCCCGAGGAGGCAGCUGGGACCUGCAGCGACAGCGAAACUUCCAAAAAGAAGAAAAAGAAGAGCAAAAAGGACGUGGAGACGCCUCCUGCAGAUACGAGCACAGACACAUCCACCAAAAAGAUGAAGGUCAGAGACGUGGAGGAGGAGCAGAGCGAGGCGGCAGAGGUGGAGGAGGAGACGCAGGCGGAGGAUCUUGCGGGUGUGGCGGAGACAGCAGAGGAGAAAAAGAAGAAGAAGAAAAAGAGGAAAAAGGAAGAGGAGGUGCAGUCUGAUGAAAAACCAGCAGGGGGCGACAACGACGUGGAAAACAAGCUGGCGGCUGAAGACGGAAACGCUCCUCGGCUCUCGUCGGCCAAGAAGAAGAAGAAUCGCCUCAGGACUAAACUGAGCCUGAAGAAGAGAUUGAGGGUGAAGAGGAGGAAGAGCGGCAUCACCUCAGAGAGCAAGAAGCUCAAAGGCAGAAAGAAACAACAGAAAAGACCCCCGCCUGAUCCUGCCCAGGACGACGGCACACCAAAGAAGAAGAAGAUGAAAAUGAACACCGAGCAAGAGGAGAAUUCCUCGAAGGAGAACCAACCGCCAAAGACGAAGAAAAAGAAGAAGAGGUCGGCGAAGGAGGCGGAUGAAAGCGACGUGGUGAGUGCUGAGCUCCCUGAAGCUGACUCGUCUCCGCUUUCAAAGGAAGGGAAGAAGAAGAAAAGAAAGAAGACGAAGGCUGGAAAAGAAGAGGAGACAACAGGAAGUUCAACUCCCGUCACUGUGAGCCCAGACGUACCUGCAAAGAAAAAGAAGAAGAACAGAUUAAAGGAGAAACCGGAGGAAACGGCUGCAGACGAACACGCUCCUCCAGCAUCUUCUACGAAAAAGAAAUCUAAGAAGAUGCUGGCUUCUGAUUAAAUCUGGGCAUCAGUGGACCUGAAAGCCCUUAAACAACAGGACAAUCUGCGUAAUGUCUUUACUCCUGAUUUUCUGAGGUCACAUCAGUGUUUUCAGCCAUGUUUCACUGUCUUUUGCUGUAAAACUGUAAAAAAUACACCUGCAGUUUGAUUAAUCUGCCUUUUUUUUUUUUAAACUUUUGCUUAAUUUUUUGGUCAGUUAUUACUUUCAGUUGACUCUGUUUACAAAUCUCAUCGUCGAAUGUCUGGUGACAUGAACACAUCCUUGCAGCUUCCGACUAACAUCUGGGGAAACAGACCUGUUUGUCUUCUUUGCUGAACGUCCGGUCACAGGUGUGGACGUCCUCAGGCGCUGCGACACGCCGUUGAUGUCGCCACACGUCUCACUUCAGUUCCAGACGAGCUUUAAGGGAACAAACUGAAACAUUUCAGAGCAGGUGGCGUUAGAGCAAUAACUCAAACCAAGGUUUUAGAAGAGCUUCCUCUGUUAAUGAAUUUAGAUUCAUAGUGAAACGUUUUUCUGUGUUUGAGGUUAAAAAAAUCGAGUUAGUUGUGUUUUUCCUUUCAGUCCUGAAGCUGUGAAAUUCUGUUUUUAUUUGGCUUUUGUUCACAGAGAUCUGUUGUUUACGCACACUUUUUCUUUACGAUCCCGUGAGCUGUUAACUAUGCAUCUGAUUAAAUCUUGUUGCUUGAGGGGGAUUAACAAGUUUCACUGCAGGGACUUUUUAUUUUUGCUGUUCCUGAGAACCAGCGUGUGUC